UUUUCACUAUUCCGAGAGUACUUUUGCAAGCUGCUGAAAUAAUUUUUCGCAAAAUUUUUGCUCUCAUACAUAUUUUACUAUACAUAAUUCUCUUUACAGUAGUAUUUUCUAGUUCUACUACCUGCGCGUCUGUAGGUUAUUGUUUUAUAUAAACUAAACUGAAAGAACUUUUCAGAUCUGCUAGCGAUUCAGAUAGGUAGUGUGUUUAUUAAUAUUCAUUCUGGUCCACAAUGAAGUUACUAAGUAAUAUUGGUGAAUUAUCGGAACUGAAACGUGAAAACGUCCACAUAAGAAAUGAAGAAGAUUUGCUAAAGAAGAUUAACAAAAUGAUCAUGGAUGGUAGUAGUAAAGUCCAGAUUGUGACUGAUUUUGAUCACACACUUACGAGACAUAGUAUGGACAAUGGUACCAUAGUUCUGACUAGUUUUGGUAUGUUCAGAGAAUGUCCAUCCACUCCUCAGAGAUACAAGGAUGAGGACAACAGGUUGUCAGCAAUCUACAAGCCCAUUGAAUCAGACCCUGUGAUGAGCACCGAUGAUAAAACAAAGCAUAUGAUAGACUGGUACACAGCAGCUCAUGCCUUACUCAAAGGUGUUAAAUUUCCUAAACAUGAAUUAAUGGAAAUAGCUGUUAAAAUGAAGGAGUGCUUUAGGACGGGCGUUCAAGAUCUGAUGUGUUGGAGCGAGCAGCACAGUGUCCCGGUGCUGGUGUUCUCCGCGGGGCUCGGCGAGUCGGUGGUGGCAGCGCUGCAGGCUAGCAACUACAUGCUGCCCAAUGUGAAGGUUGUGUCAAACUUCCUGGAUAUGGACGACAAUGACGUCAUAGUGGGCAUCAAGGGCGUCGUCAUACACACCUACAACAAGAACGAAGCCGCCAUCAAAGAUACAGAGUAUUACAAGAUGGUGAAAGAGCGGAGCAAUGUGAUCCUCAUGGGAGAUAAUAUAGGGGACGCCGGCAUGGCAGAGGGCAUGGAACAUUGCGAUGUGGUCAUUAAAGUCGGCUUCCUAGGUAACAAUAAGGAAGGCAACCUACAAAAGUACCUCGAAAAAUUCGACAUCGUCCUCGUAAAUGAAUCUUCCGUCGACGUCGUCAAUGCCAUAUUGAAAUUAGUGCUGUGAUUCUACUUCGGCCAUAUAUUAUUUACAAUUAACAUAAAUGACAUAGUUGUUUACAUUUUGAAUGAUAUUGUUAGUUUAAAAUAGAGCGAUGUUUACGCAGCUA